AUGCCUCCACGACAUCCUCCAUUUCAGAGCAAAUACUCACAUAACUUCUCAGCCACGUACCUCGACAAUCUGCGAAACAAUCGUCCUGCCAGACCGACUGGUUCGAGGCCAGCACCGUUCACCUCGAGAAACUACGGCUCUUUGACAUCACAAUCGUCCUUGAUCCGCUCAGAUUCCGCACCGACGGUAUCUACGCGCGAAGAUGGCCAUGAGAAAGAGGUGGAGAGGACAGACGAGGAGGUUGCUCACCCGGUUGGACAAAAUUCCGUUUCAUUUUCCUCCAGUCUAAAGGGCCGACCUCUAGCACAACCUCCGGGCACCGAACCACCCAAGGUGCGAGGAAGGAAGGUGUCACCGACCGCCACUGUCCAAGUAUCGGAUCCCUCUGCGCCCGGCGUGUAUAUCGAAUGCGAAGCCAGGAAGCUGGAGAAAGAGGAAGCACACAGUCUGCGAGAGGCACUGGAGUUGAUUGAUCAGAAAGACGAGUUACGAAUCUACGAGGCGGCCAAGGACGAAGCUGCCGAUUUAGUGUGGAAACACCAGAACCCCAAAGCGGCGGAAGAGGAACAGGUGGCGCCGUAUCGGAACCCAGACUUGAAAUCCAAAGACAGGCGGCGAAGCAGUGGUCAUCGUCAGACAAGUGGUUCGAGGAAAGUGUCGUUUCCGACCGCUAUAAACAACAUCUACGAAGAGCCGGAACAGACAAAGGAGUGUUCAAGACCAACCGUCCAACCUCCCAGCAAUGAACUCCCCCUCAGAGCCAAAUCGCGGAAUAAACUGCCUUGGUUGAGAACAAAGACCUCUGAACCGUCAGAUACAGCUACCCCAGUACCCGAAGGCAAGAAAUUCGACCGCUUUGAGAUCCACAGAAACCCGCCAACUCAAUCGCGGAAAGCUGGCUAUACGGAGAACACACCUCGGCCGCCAGCCAUUGACACGAUCGAGGAAGUCGAUACGCCAAACUCCAGAGGCAGCUUGGAAAUUCGAGGCGACGACAUCCGAGCCGCCACCAGCAUGAGGAGGAAAGAUCGAAGUCCCAAUCUUCCCACUCCCACAGCUGUCAGUGAUCAAAUUGGCCGACCUAUUGUCAGCUUCGAAAAAGGAUGGAAACCGCCCAGUGACUCACCAAGGGCAAGCCAAGAUAUGGAUAGGCCUGUCAUCAAGUUGACAGAAUCACCCUCGGCCUUCAAAGGAAGCGACAGGCCUUUACCGAGACCUACGUCUAGCCACCAAGUCGCGGGCUCUACGCCUGCUGUGCCCGUCCUCAACCUGCCGAAAGAGACUCCAUUCUCGCGGCCACUACCCGAGGUCACUGUCUCUGCGCCGGUUGUACCUACCAUCAACCUACCAGAUGAUGUCCCAUUAUCUCAAUCGAUCCCCGCUGUGCCAACGAUUAAUCUCCCUGACAACACUCCCGAUGUCCCGACGAUCAGUAUCCAGGAAGACCGCUCCUCGUCUCCCGGAGCAGAGAUCAACCAUUCAGACAUAGGUCAACAAGCUCGUCCAACCAGGCCUCUCCCAAAACACUCUUCCUCGGCGCCCCCCAAAUCAAUCAGCUCUGUCGUCAAAACGCCCUCGAAUCGUCUCCCCUGGCUCAACUCCCGCCAGUCGCUCCCAACGGUCUCCUGCUCAAGCUGCGCGCUCCCGAUCUCUGGCCGCAUCGUCACAGCCUCGGGCUCCAACUCCCGGCGCGACCUCAAAGCCCGCUUCCACCCCGAGUGCUUUACCUGCCACCACUGCAACACGCCGUUGGAGUGCGUGUCCUUCUACCCGGAGCCAGACACCGCUCGCCUCGAACGCCUGGACAUCCCAUCCGACCCGUCCCAACCUCUCUCUCCGGAGGAAGACUCUCUCCUCCAGAACGACCCGCUGAGGUUCUACUGCCAUCUGGACUUCCACGAGUUCUACUCCCCACGCUGCCGGUCCUGCAAGACGCCCAUCGAAGGCGAAGUCGUCAUCGCGUGCGGCCACUCCUACCACGUGGACCACUUCUUCUGCGCCGAAUGCGGGGAUCCGUUCGGCGCGACGACGCCCUUUGUCGAGGGAACCGACGGCUACGCUUACUGCGUGAGAUGCCACACGCGACGCACGAGCGCGCGGUGUAAAGGGUGCAGGAACCAGAUCCUCGACGAAGUCACGGUCGAGGCGCUCGGCGGGAAGUGGCAUGAACACUGCUUCGUGUGUCUCGAGUGUGGAUGCAGGUUCGGUGACGAGGGACGAUUCUUUGUCAGAGACGUCAAUGUGGAGCCGACGGACAAGGAGAAACGGAGGGGCAUCCUGUCCAAGGUCGAGGAACGCGCGGUCUGUGGAGAUUGUGAGGAGCGGAGGUUGAAGGCUUGA